AUGUCAGUAAAUCUAGCAAAAGUCAAGGACACAUACUUUGACAAGUUAUUUUCAACAAGUGGUGAUUCGAACAAUGUGAGACCAACGACCCAGUCCUCGUCAUUAUCGUCUCUGGGAAAGAAGAAACCACGUGUAUUAUUACUUGACAAGUUUACUACUCCGAUAAUAUCCAUGUGCUACACUCAGUCUCAACUAUUGGCCAAUGAUAUCAUAUUGAUAGAAUUGGUAGAUAAUUAUCAUCAAUUGACUUCAAUGAAACAUUUGGAUUGUAUUGUGUACAUCAAACCGUGUCUGGAAUCUGUCAACUUUAUAUGUCAAGAAUUGCGCAAUCCUCAUUUUGGAGAGUAUCGAUUAUAUUUGAACAAUUGUAUCAGUAAGAACCAGUUGGAAUCGAUUGCUGAAGCAGACCAAUAUGAAGCCAUCGAUAAAGUAAUGGAGAUUUUUGAAGAUUACCUUAUAGUUAACGACAAUUUAUAUGUUGUUGAUACCACAUUCCAAACAGAACUGGUGAAUCCAGUUCUCCUGGAAAGUGAGAAAUUGGUGAGCUUACUUUUGGCACUUAAAAAAACUCCGAUAAUUAAAUUUGAGUCGAAUUCAAUUGAUUUAAAACGAUUGAGUUCGGAGCUUUUGUACCAGAUAAACUCCAACUCAAAUAACAACUUGUUUGACGAUUUGAACCGUAAUUCAGACACCCCUCCAUUGAUAGUAUUGCUUGAUCGUAAGAAUGAUCCAAUCACUCCGUUGGUGACGCCAUGGACCUACCAAUCAAUGAUUCAUGAGUUUAUGACAAUUAACAAGAAUAUCGUCAAAUUGAAUGAAGAUGACACUGCAUCACAGAUUGUUAUUUCGGAAGAAAAUGAUCCUUUCUACAAGGAAUCCAUGUAUUUGAACUACGGUGACUUGACUGAAAAAUUUCAAAGAUAUGUGGAAAAAUAUAAAUCCGAAACAAAACAAUCAUCUAUUGAAAAUUUGAAAUCAUCCAACUUGUCUGAAUUGAAGAAAGUUCUCACCAAGUUUCCUGAGUUUAAAAAGUUUUCAACAAAUGUGUUGACCCAUUUGAACUUAAUUGGGGAAAUAGAUAAACAAAUAUCGUCUCAGAAUUUGUGGGAAAUUGGGGAAUUACAACAAACUAUUGCCUGUGAUUUAGAGAAUCAACACAACCUUCGAGCAAGUUUGUUGGAAGUACUAGACAAUGUGGGUGGUAAGAAAGUUUCGACAAUCAACAAAAUAAAAUUAGUUCUACUCUACUCAUUCAGACACAAUAAUGCUAGUGACUUGUCCUUGUUUUUACAAAAAUUGAACAAUCCAGAUCUCACUUCCCCACUACCAACAAACACACAGAUUCAAUUGAUUAAGCGGUUCAAAACCUUAUUCGGUGCAAGAAAUAUUACUGAUCAAAAGAAGUUGCAGGAGCAGAAUGAAGGUUUGACCAACAUUUUCUCGAAUAAGAAGAUUGAUAUCAAUAAAUUAUUUAACAGAAACAAUGCCAAUCAAUCAAAAUCAGACAAUAUUUACUUGCAGUAUACACCCAGAUUGAAUGAGAUAUUGGCCGGAUUGAUUAACCCUUCCCAGAACCAAGAAGAUUCAUUAGGAUUGUCAACUUUAGUUCCUGACAAAGUGAAACAACAAUAUGGAGUAGGAGUCACCAAUGAGCCAGUACAAGAUAUAAUCAUAUACAUCAAAGGCGGUGUUACAUAUGAAGAAGGCAGAUUGGCUUAUGAAUUAUCGGAGAGCAACAAGAGAAUCAAUCUAAUUGUCGGAGGGGACGGAAUUUUGAAUAGCACCCAGUGGUUAGAAAAGUUAUAUUCGAUCGCGAAUAACGACGGAGACCGUGCUAGUGAUGAUAUGACAACUUCUGAUAGACAAGCCCAAUUGCGUGAAAUUUUGUAG